GUCUUUGUGUUUCUGUCACUCUGCACAAGCCUAGAGUAAACACACAUGAACAACAUUCCUAAGACUGCAUAUUAAGAUAUUUUUUAAAUGAAUAACCUGGUGACAAAUAUUGAAUCUGAAUAAACACAAGAUGAUGUGCGUCACUUUUCCUAAAAACAGGACUGACAGUGUUGGUUUUAUUGUUAUUCAUGGAUCAUUUCUCCUCUCCUUGAUCAGCUGUUGCCAUGGUGAGCUGGUACUUGGCCAUGUGCCCUGUGGGUGGCUAAAAGGCCUCUUUCCAGUCCUGUUAGUGCACCUAAAUGACUGUGUAUUGAACAAUCCACUUAAGAUCUGUUUCCCACUACACAACAUGUAUUUUUGAACAACAAGGCAUCACAGGUGUAAAUCACAAGGGUAAAUCUCUAACAAAAAUGUUGAAAAUAAAAUAAAAGUUCAGAGGCUAAAAGAGGUGGCAACGGGCUGCACAUACAAAUAAUAAUAAUAAAAAAUCUUCACCAUUUUUGAGUUUUUUGAGAAUUCAACUCCAACUGUCUGUGCACAAGAAACUUGACAAAAUGUAGCUGUGCAGUUUUAUAUUACCUUUAGCUUUCACUGCCCAUGAUUUACCCCUGGAUUAGAGGAAGUAGUUCAAAUAAGAAAUAAAAAUCAAAAAAUUAAAAACUUGAGGAUGAUUAUAUUUUCUUAUACCUCCAGUCAAGGUUUUACUCACCUGUCAAUUGUGCUACCAAAGGGUGCUUUCAGAUCUUGAUGAUAGCUUUGGCCAGAUUCUUAAAAUCUAAAAUCUCUCAAACACUGUAACCUCUGAGUCAAGUGGUGAUUCGUAACCCUAACCCAAAUUUUCCUUUAAACUAUGAAGUGAAGAAAGAUGCAGGUCAAUUUACUUAUGUGGGUGGUUACAGGAAAGGAGGUUAGAUAUCAAACAAGAUCAUUUGACUCCUUGUGGGAACAGGAUGCAGCUUUGCAUAAUCAUUAAAUAUUUGUAAAGACUACCAAACAUUGCAACAGAUUCUACAUGAGAACAAAUGGUUAAGACCAGGGACAAAAACCAAAGUCCAGCCUUUCAUUUAGGACUUCUCUUGGUUUCCAUUGGUAUACUUUUCUUGGACUCUUGGUUCCUAUGACGCACUUGCAAGUUGUAAGCACUCUGUUUUCUGACGAUGACAAAGGCUUUGGGUUUUUUUUUUCUACAAUCUUCACCUGUUCUUUAUGUUUGGGUAGAGAGUCUUUUUUUUCCUGGUUUUAACAGCUCAGUUGAUCUCAUUUGGAGACAAACUAAGCUUAUCUUUCCUGAUAACAGGAUAAUAUCCUUGUGAUUUAGAAAACAAGACAACGCGCUGGUCACUGUGACAUGCUGAUUGCUUUAUUUGCCAAUGAAGAACGUUAAGCCCUUUAAGGUACAUGCUUAAGAAUCUUGGCCACUUUAACUUUUAUAUCCUUCCUGAAUAUGCAUUGUGUCCUCAGGAGUGUUUAGAGUCCAAGAGUUUAAUUAAAUAUGGAACCUGCUUUAGUAUCUUUGUCAAUCUCAAAUGAAAUUGCUUGCAUCCCCUUAUUGCUCUUUUUACAAUGCAGUGAAUAAAGUUUUCAUUCUGAGCAGGAUAUUCUGAUGUCUUUUAUAGUGCACUUCAUAGUGUUGUUGAGCCAGGGGUGACUAUCUGAUUGGCCACCCCUGUGGACACCGUGAAAUCCUAAACUACCAAGGUCUAUUUGCCUUAGAUGACUAAAGAUAAAUACUUUAGGUUUGGUGUAAGCCACUCUUGUUUACCAAAAAAUUUGGUGCCCAAAUUUGAAAAAAGGUCUGGCACCAGCACUGUUGUGUCAUCUUUUGUUUGUUUUUCUGUCCUGUUGUUGGUUCAGUUGUAACCCACGUCUUGCAUCACUUUCAUGUCAGACAACAGAAAGAAAUUAGAGAAAUGUAUAAUCUGGAGCAACCAUCUUUUCAUCUGUCUUUGUAAGUAUUUAUUUCAUUGCAGUUGUCCUGUAACUAAAACUUCUGUUCGCUCUUUGUUUUUGCGUCUCGAGAAAACAAAUUUUUUUCAACAAUAUUUUUUUCAUUACAUUUCCACUCAGGCCUUUCAUACCCUUUAUGUCAGUGGUUCUCAACUGGUGGGUCCUGACCUAAAAGUGGGUCCUGGACACGUUCUGGAUGGGUCACGAACAGCUGGUCAAAAACGUUAAUAUUUAAUGUGAUAUAUAUUAGAUAUUUGAUAUUUUCUGUAUAUGCAACUUCAGUAGUUGUCGUCCUCAUGUUGUCCCCUUCAUGUGCUCUGAAAUGCACUUUACUCAAUAAAACAAGUGGAUUUAUGUUCAAGAUUAGAGUCUUUUUAAAGUAAAAAAUAAAUUUGCUUAGUUUGAAUAUUAUAAAAGUGGGUCACGACAAGGACCAUGGUGAAUGUGGGACCCAGAGUGAGACCAGUUGAGAACCACUGCUUUACGCAUUUCUACAAGCAGGCCAUCCUUUCAUCCAAGGGUGUGGGGUUGUAGAUUUCAUAUGCACCACAAGAGGUCGACAUUAAACCCCCUACCUGCCUGUCUUCAGAGGCCAGACAUCAGACUGUAGUAUCAUCAGCAGCAGCAGCGAGGUACCUCCGGUCAGGGAUGGCGUCUCUUUUGCAGCCGGAUAGAGUGGUCUAUUUGGUUCGGGGAGAGAAAAGGAUCAGAGCCCCUUUAUCUCAACUGUACUUCUGUCGCUACUGUAGUGAGCUUCGGUCUCUGGAAUGUGUGUCUCACGAGGUACGUGGAUAAUUUCCCCCUUUCUACCCUCUUUUGCGAAAUGUUAGCUUUUAGCUCAGUUUAGGUAGGAGCGACUUUGUUGUUAGCCGUUUUGCUAGCGGCUGACAGAUAGGCGGGAACAUCCCCUUCAUCUCGCGCGUUGAAUGGCUACGUCGCUUGUCAAUCACUUUCUUUUUCAGCUAGUUCCACAUUUCAUUGGCUGGAGGCGCCAUCUGCUUCCGUUGGAUUUGACGUUAUGACUAGCACAGCUCGAAUGGGAGAGUAAGCUAGUUAGCAUUGGGCAGUAUUUGAGUUUGAUGUUAAAGUAGUUCGUUCGCUCUUAAAUAAAGAGUAUUAUCAGGCUCAUAUUCCACAAAACAUGACACUAAUGUAUGACUACAGUGGGCGACCUGAACACUGUGUAAAAGCGGGUUGUUUACGUGGCCCACAGUGACACCACACCCAUUGGGAUUUUGAUAUUUCGGCUUUAGCUUCAUUCCAGUUUUGGGUUAAAAGUCCGUGGAUUUUCUUUAAACAAGUGACUUCAGAUAGUCAACAUACUUGUAUAAAAAAAUCCUCCAAAAUAAUACCCACUCCAUGCCUAAAUCAAAGCUACAAUUAGCUGUUUAACGUUAAUCCGGCCUAAGCACGACAAAACAAGCAGUGAAUUGAGGAUAUCUGGUAAAGAUGCACAGUUUAAAUGACUCUCCUACUUCUGUUUUUGGUGAUCAGGUGGAUUCACACUAUUGUCCCAGUUGUCUGGAGAACAUGCCCUCUGCGGAGGCUAAACUUAAAAAGAACAGGUGAGAUUAAUGUGCAAAUUCAAGUAGAAAAAUCCAACCAGGUAUGGCCACCCUUCUCCUACAUUUAUGGGUAAUAUGUGUUCAAUUUUUAUGUUCUCCACUUUAGAUGUGCAAAUUGUUUUGACUGCCCAUGUUGCAUGCAUACCCUGUCUACUCGGGCCACCAACAUCCCAGCUCCUUUGCCUGAUGAUCCCACUAAGACUGCCAUGAAGAAGGCUUAUUAUUUGGCCUGUGGCUUCUGUCGCUGGACCUCGAGGGAUGUGGGAAUGGCUGACAAAUCAGUUGGUGGGUGACGAGAAAAUGAAAACACAUACAUAUACAUUGAUAGAUGUCCCUGAUACAGUAUAUAUGCAACAUCUUUCAAUGUAAUGCACUGAAGUACACCGCCAGCACCCUGUCCAACCAUAUCCACAGAAACAGAAAAUUUUGAAACUUUAUGAAGAUAGAAUUUCUGUUUGUAGUGACUCAAAGUGGAUUGUCCAGGUAUCUAAACCUCAUGUCUGGUUGGUGUAAAUUUGGUCAUUGCACCUCCUAAAUGUUAAAAUUCAAACUGGAAUAAAAUGCAUUGGUAGCUCUGAAUAGAGAUAUUUGUUUAUGCCCAGCUUAAGGGCACAUAAUACUCAUGAAAGCAGUACACUAGGGACUCUUUUAUGUUCUGUAUUUGUACCCUGUGGCAGUUAAAGUCUCAUGUGGUGUUGAAUUUUUUUCACUAUAGCAAGCGGUGGAUGGCAGGAACCAGAGAACCCUCAUACUCAGCGGGUAAGUUUCCCCCUCUGGUCAGUGAUUUCCCUCGGGUUGCUCACAUGUUUCUUGAUCUCGCAUGACUUGUCUUUGAAUAGCUGUGUCUAGUAACGCAAAUGAGCCUCACUCUUGUUUUUUUUAAUUCAUCAUACAAAGAAAUUGUCUGUGUCUUUUAUGCAGCAAGAACUUUUGAACCUGCAGUUAAUGUAAAAAGUAACUGUGUAUUUUCUAUCUAAAAAAGUUGUUCUGAAGGAAUUCUUUUAUCUGUGAUACCCAGCUGGAGAUUGUUCUGUUUUCUUCAGACGAAAACUAUUGUGUUGUGUAAAGUUUUCAGUUCACCACCACUGUUGUAAACUUCCUGAAAACAUUUGUAAACCAUCUCUGAAUGACAUUUUUACUCCCCACAGAUCAACAAGCUGAUCGAGUAUUACCAGCAGCUGGCUCACAGAGAGAAGCAGGAGAGAGACAGGAAGAAACUGGCCAGGAGAAGACAGUGCAUGCCUCUGGCUUUCUCGGUACUGUGUUCCCUCUGUGCUUAGUUUAGACUCUGCAGUGAUUUCUAAGCUUUCUCUCUAACCUUAGGAAAUGUCAGACUAGUGUUAUGUCACUAUAAAACCUCACAAAAAAUGCUGGUACUGUUAGAAAUGUCUAAGAUCAACAGUCAUAUGUUUAUUGACUUUCUUUUUUACAUGGACAGAAGUUCUAUCUGAAUAUUAAUACUAUUGCCAAUGAAAUUAUUAAAGAUUAUAUCAUAGAAUCGAAUAGGAUAGGAAAAACUUCAGCUGAUCAGGAGGUAAUGAUUACCUGCUGAAGUUCCUAAUGCACAAAAGUAACACAGUGUCUAUUUUAUAGUAAUCUGAAUUUGAUUUUAUUCCAAACAAAAACGUUCUGAACAUGUUCAGGCUGUUUUAUAAAAGCUCCUUACUGAAAUGACAUUUGAAAACAAAUGAAAUUCCUGUGAAUCACAAUGAAGCAGAUUUAGCCAAGUUAGUUUUUUUCUAGUUUGGACAUGGUCUUGAGCUUCAGCACAUUGUUUACACAUUCUGUGUUCUCCUUUUGCAAUAAUUAACAUCCAAUGACGCAAACUUUCUUUCCUAUUGUGUUUUGUAAUCGAUUUGGAAGCUGGUGCUGGAAUGUCCAGCAGUUGUUUUCCAUCACUGGUGCAUUUCUGUUAACGUUGCAUGUCACCAAAUGCCACUAAUGUUUGCUAAAUCACCUUUGUUUCACCUGGUUCUUUGUUCUCUCUUUUUUCUUUGCUUAUGCACUCUGACAUUUUGGUUUUUACCCCCCAGCAACACACUAUUCAUGUGGUGGUGAGUCGUACUUUUCACAACUUGGGUAGUUUCAUCUCUGCAGUAGCACUGUCCUUUUUUCUCUCUGUAAUUGUCUUAUCUGCUACUGAGUGACCUCACAGAUCACAUGAAUGUCUCCUUGGGUAAUAGAGACUUGGAUCCACAUAAUAGGAGCCUUUCUGUUGGUUAGAAGUUGGGAGAAAAUAAAAGACUGUUGAAAUCUGUGUCAGCAGAUUAAACCUGUUAAGCAGUAGUUAAGCAUGCAGCUGUAGUCUGUUUGAAAUGACCCUUUUACACUAUCCUGCAGGAAGGCUCCUGUUGCUGUCUCUUACCGCAAGCUGUAUGGAAUUGAUUUUGGUUUACUUGUCAUGUUUUUAAAUGUUUGAUACCAUUUCGUGCCUUUUGUUUUGAUAAGCCGCAUAGAACCACCUUUUGGCCAGUAGUCUUGUGCUAGAGUAGUGAUGUUGAGUGAUGGUUGUAGAUGGUAACUGCAUAUGUUUGUGGAGCUCUUCUUCAUUUUCAGUCAUCAGAAUGCCUGAUCUUAUCUUUUACCCUCUGACUUGAUUUAGGAAAAAUAUGGCCUUGGAACCAGACUGCAGAGGCAGAGAUCUGGAGCACCCAUAUCAAGCCUAGCUGGCCUUUCGUGAGUGAUCUCUUGUCUUAUAUGAUGAAUUACUGCCUCUGUUCCUUCAGUUGAAACAUUGUCACAUUAGAAGCAAAUGACUUUUGGUUUUCCCUUUGUCAUCCAGGUAUCCACAAUGUGUGUAGAUUAACAGUGUCAAGGACUAAGAUGUAUUGAUUUGAUUUCAAUUUCAGUGUAUCACGGAAUGCCGAGCCGUAAAUCUUUGCUAAAACAUCAAGUUAAUCACUGUGAACAGUUCAUUUGCCCAAUUUUGGGAUUGGCUAGUUAUUGGUUAUCAUAUGCUGCAUGUUGAUACAUCAGAGUUCCGAAUAGUGCAUUUUAAAAGGAUAAUCCACUAAUGAAAGGUUGUAUAAUCACAAAAUAUGCUGUGUAAUCUAGGAGGGAAAAAGUGACGUUAGUUGUCGCAUUUUUAAAUGCUGGUCCUCUAUAAUAAAGUCUUGAACCUCUGAGGUCUGAAAGAUGCAAAUUCAAAGUUAACUUCAAGUAUCUUUUAAGUUUUUGCAAAUUGUGGAAAACAUUAGCCAUCAAGUAAGUACAGAAUAAGUCUGUCAGAAUUUAAGUCUGGAAAAUGCUCAGUGGCAGUGUGAGAUUAUUUGUAGUAGAUGUACCUCAGCUCCUCAGACCACCUGGACCCUUCAGAAUAUGUUGUAAAUUGUUUGGUGUAAAAAAAAGUGUCAUGUCUGCAGUGUUGUUAGCCUUCAGUUGAAGUGCCUCCAUCUUGUAGGAUACUUCAGAUUGUUGAUAGCAGUUUUUUUCUGAUUCACCAGCCUCAAGGAGGGUGAAGACCAGAAAGAGAUCAGCAUUGAACCUGCCCUCGCUCUUGAUGAAGUGGAGCCUUUGCCUGAGGAUUGUUACACCAGGCCCAUCAGUUUACCCGAGGGUAGGAGCUUAUUCUAAGAUUGUACAGGGUGUCACUCAUUUUUGUAUCUUUUAUUAAGGUAGAAAUUUGUUCAAACAUGUUUUUGACGUUACGGUGUUUUCUUAGUGACCACGCUGCGCCAGCGGCUGCUGCAGCCUGACUUCCAGCCUGCGGGGGCGUCUCAGCUCCACCCCAGACACAAACAUCUCCUGAUGAAGCGCUCACUGCGUUGCAGGGUAGGUACUGCUCCAGGGUUUUACCGUCCUCAAAUCAGAGGUGGUUGUUUUUGUGUGAUUCACAUUUUAAAAAUAAAAAUAUAUAUCUAAUUUUUAACUCCCUCCUACAGAAAUGUGAGCACAACUUGAGCAAGCCAGAAUUUAAUCCCACUUCAAUCAAGUUUAAAAUUCAGCUGGUGGCUGUGUGAGUAUUUGUCAUCAGAAUAUGUCCUCAACGUGUGUUUACACAAUGUUGUUGGUUUUUAUUUAAGUAAUGAAAGUAGGAAGCUGCCUGAAGGCUGGUGCAGUUUAAUUAGAUUAAAAUCCCAAAGUUUAAUUCUAGCAAAGUGCAAUUAUAAGCACAUGUUCAGGAAAUUAUCCAUGCCAAAGUAGCUUAAUCAUAGACAGAUUGUGUUAUUCUAAAAAUGACGUUAUGGAAAAUAAACCCAUUUACCUUUUUUUUUUUUUAAGGGUGCAUGCUGAUAUGAUCAGGAGCUGAUAGUUUGUGAAUGCUAGUAUUAGUGAGGGAACAGAUUUUGGCAUUUUUUAAAAAGUGUGGUUUAAUAUCAUUUGAAUGUUGGUCACGUGUUUGAAACUAUUGAGGUUUAUUCUCCCUGUUGGCUCCACAGGAGUUAUAUCCCUGAAGUGAGAAUUAUGUCCAUUCCAAACCUCCGCUACAUGAAGGUCAGUGUGGGCAUGUGUUUAUAAUCUUAACCUCUAUAAGAUCAGUCUGUGACAUACAAAAAAACAAAAACAAAUAAGAGACAGUAAAAGCAGAAAUGCACUGAUUCUCUAAGGUCUUCUGUGUUUAAUUUUUUUCCUUCUGUCUCUUCAGGAGAGCCAGGUGCUGCUAACUCUGACCAACCCUGUGGAGAACAUCACCCACGUCACACUGGCUGCUUGUGAGGAGGAGGAUCCCGAUGACAUUAACAGCACUGCUAAGGUACUGUAACAUACUGCACUCAGUAAAUAAGCACACUUUUUCUACAUUUGGAGAAAUAAACAUCUGUCACAGAAAGUAUUUAACUGUUUUAAGUUGAUGACAUUGCAAAAAAAAAAAAAAAACCCUUAUCCAAAAUAAAAUCUAGUCAUGAAUAUAUGUGUUAAACUCUGCUCCUUUAUUGACGCUAAAUAAGUCUUAUAAUGUACUGUAUAACUGUUUGUCACAGACUCAAUAAUGCAUGUCAAAUCUUCAUAUUAAAUGCUUAAUAUCAGCAGCUACGAAACAGGAUUUCAGUUUAUGUAAAAUCUUGGACCGAGCUUAAGACCCUUGAACACUGAAUGUAAAUCUGUCAUGCACACUGAAACAUGAAAACGGGACAAUGUUUGUAGUUGUCGGAUGGAUAUAUUGGUGUUUAUUCAAACCACUUCAUUGUGCAAUGAUUUAUAAGGGCAGUGUGUGUUUUGGACUUGUUCUGUUCCACAUGCAUGCCAAAUAUCGCUAAGUGGAGCUCUGACUGCUGGAAAAAGCAUCAUGGCUUGGAUACAGAAUGUGAGAUUUGGGUAUAGUCACAGAUUGUAGUGGUUGUUUACCACCUGUCUGUCCCUGAAUAUUGCAUGUUUUAUCAAACAGUAUUCUUGCACUUUUGCCAGCCCGCUCGAGACAGCGCAGGGUGGCGAGGCUCCUUUAUCCAGCCUGUUCCUUAUGGAAUAGCUAGCCUUGUCAUCGUCUCAUAUGCACAGCAGUUGUGUCCCGUUUCUACCUCCAUCUGUCAGCUGUCACAUGCACAGCUAAGAGUGUGCCUGCAGUAAACGGUCUGCUGGGCUGCCUGUUGCCAACAGCCGCUGCAAGGCUCUUGGGGGCUGCAGGCUGUUUGUCUUGGCCUCUUUAGUGACGAAGUCAUGGGCAGACCGGGUAAGGAAGAGCUACUGGCCAAAACAGAGCAUCUUCAUGACCCAUUUCCGUUCAAGUUAAGGCCAAAAGGAGUGUGUGGUCCUGUCAUUCUGCUUCAUCUGAUAUUCAAACACCUGGAGGGCAGUGUGUGAACCACAGGGAGUCAUGCUUGGUUGAUUUCAUCCACUGUCUUUUUCAUAAGACAGUUUAGUGUAUCUCUUACAUAUGUAUCUCAUAUGCUGUCUGAAAAUAGUUUCAACUCACUGAAGACUGUAAGGGCACAGUAAUUGUGAAUAACACAUAAACUCUGUGAAGAGAUUUGGGAUUAGAUUUAUGUAAGAGUGCAUCAUAAGAAAAAGCUGAAUAAUACCUGCUCAUAAACCGAUGGAUUUGUGAUUGAAAAAAAAAAACUGUACUGCUCUUUUCUGAUCCUCUUGACCAGGGACAGUGUAGCCGGUACACUCUGGCUGGUAGACGAACUAAACCCAACAAAAACAGAGCUACUGCAGAUUAUUUUUAACUCCACUCUGUUGUGCUGAUAUAACAGAUGACUCAGAGCUGACCCGCCUGCACCUGCCUGUAUUCUUGUGAUUUCUGAAAAGACCUACUGCUGAUCACAGCACAAGAACUAUUUUAAAUUAGUGACAGAAUAAUAAAAAAAUCAUUCUUCGUCUUUUUUUAUGUUAAUGAUCAAGAGGACCUACUUGUACUAGCCCGGCCCGCACUGGGUACUUUCUGGACAAAUAGCCUCUUGUAUCAGUGUGAUCAGGCAGGUCUCAAAACCACAAAAACUUCUAGCUUUUACUCUUAAUCGCUUAAAGAUAAGUCAUGCAUUUCUGCCGGGUGAUAAGGCCCCAAAUCAAUAUCACGAUAUACUGAGCAGUUCACCCCGGUGACGAUUAAUGGACAAUAACUACUCCACAAGCUGCUCUAGCUGCUUUUGAACCGUCCUCCAUCUCCUCACCUGUCUCUCCCUCUUUGUCACGGACUGGAUGGGGUGGAGUCACGUCUCUGAUGUAGGACAGCAUCUUGGAGGGACAUGAGGCCAUAGUCUACCUACACACAUCCAAAACCAACUUUUAUUUAUUUUAUUUUUUUGACACCAAAUAUACCGAUACGGGCAAAAUGACGUUGGUUAUUGUUGUAGAUUUUGUUAUCGAUAAAUUCAGGUCUAUUGCCCAGCCCUAGAUGGACAUCUAUUAAACAAACCAGCUAAGAAGACCAAUACAUGAUCUAAGCAUGUAAAACUAACUAGGACAUAGAGGAUGCAUUAUUGUCCACAUGGGUUGCUAAGAAGUACAAGUUCCUCUCAAAAGCCUUAAAUACGCUCCAAAUUCACAUUUGGCAUGAAAAUCACUAACUUGUUUCUUGAGCACUGUAAACAUAAAUAUGAUGUAGCGUAUUCAGCCGUGAUUGACUUCUUAAAUAAGUUGUGUUGCCUCAGUAUCCUGCCCUCUUAUAAAAGCCUGAGGCUGUGGGUCAGAGAGAGUGCAGAGAAAGUUUCUUCCUUCCGCAGAUAAAUAUGAAAACCAGCCUCCCAGAAUUAUUCUCCACAGUGAAGGUCAGACAUCCAAGAGAAGUGUCAGUAAGCAAAACAUAUUUUUGAGUCUUCCUUCUUUGCCAAACACGUAGGCUGAAAUAAACAGAAAGGAAAGAAGUCUUAAAAUCAAGGUUGACUUCACAGAUCGCUGAAAGUCAUUUAACGCUGGAACUGGGUUUUUUUUUAGGUUAUGGUACCCAGCAGGGAGCUGGUCCUCGCAGGAAAGGAUGCUGCUGCUGAGUAUGAUGAACUGGCUGAACCUCAAGACUUCCAGGAUGACCCAGAGUAUGCUUAUACACUCUCUCACACACACACUUGAAGAACUAAUAGUGUUAGUUGUCUCCUUUUGACCCCUCUUUUUUCCCUUUUUUUCAGUGUUGUUGCCUUCAGGAAAUCCAACAAAAUUGGUUUCUUCAUCAAGGUGAUACCUCAGAAAGAAGAGGACGCGGAUGUCACCGUUUCAUUCAAGAUCCGACACGACUUCCGCAACCUCGCAGCUCCCAUCAGGCCGAGUGAAGAGGGAGCUGACACCCCUGCUGAGGCCAUCUGGCUCACGCACCAUGUGGAGAUGAGGCUGGGACCGCUCGCUCCCUGAACACAAAUACUCUAGUUUUCAUGAAGCAGUCUUAGUGUUGAGUCCUCUGAACUAAUUUGUAAAACAAAAACAAAGUGUGAUUCAUUUGAUUGAAAGUUCACUUCUGAUUCUGCUCAUCGAUGUGAAAGAAGGAUUAGAGAUCUGUAUGAUUGUGCCUCCAUUUUUUGGUUUGUGUGGUUAUUGUUCAAGUGUCCUCAUCAGCCAUUGCUGAACUUUCUUUGAAUGUAAACAGCUGAGGCUAUAUAGAUUAAAUGAAACCAAACUCACUGCAGGCUUCCUGCUCACUUAUUAUUGUUUAUUUGGCCUUUUUCAUUAAUACGGUUUCAGGAACCCGCAGAUAUACCCCAUCUAGCUCAUCAUACUCAGCUUUAACAUUUCAGUGUCCAUCAGGGGAGAAAAAAGCAGCAUUAAUGUAAGGUCACUUACAGGUUACAGAACUUUUUACAAAUACAUGUGUAUUUACUUACUGGAAAAAAAAACUUUAAUUGGAAUUCUACCUUUAAGCAUUGCUAAAGGUGAGAAUGAAUUUUAGAUAUAUGCACAGAGUAUUUACUGUCUCCACAAAGUAAUGUCACACUUAACACCUAAAGUGUAUUUUUUGUUAUUGAAUGGGAUGUGGAUUAUUUGUGAAUUUCUUUCUUUCAGGGUGGAGAAUUGUUCUUGAGUGUGUCGUGCGUUAUCGAUGAGCAGAAUCAGGAAUCAGAAUCUGAGAACAAUCUAUAUUUUCCAAACUGCAGCACACACCUGUGCUUUCGCUUAUAUAUCCUUGUGAACAUCCUUUCCUUCAGCCUAUAGUAUCUUAUUAACUCGCAUGCUUCAACUGUAAUAAAUAUUGCACAUCUGAGACAAUGUCAUCACAGUCACUGAUUCUUCACCGUUUGCGUAUAAAAAAAAAGGUAAUUUAACCUUUUAUCUCAAAUCGAACAGCAACCAUCAUGGGCACGAGGAGAGGAUGAACAAGAAACUCUGUAUGGAAACAUGAAUUACAAAGUAUUCAUCAAUUCAAUGUACUGAGACACUAUCAUUAUUUUCUGAUUUUUCUGUUGGUAGAGUUCACUGACAUCUCGGUCAGUGUGUAUUUAAGCUGCUGUCUUGUUCAGUCCCGUGUUAGUAAGACAGCCUUUAAACACAACGACACAGUUAAUCCUCUGAACCUAAUAAAAUGAUGUGAUACUGUAACAGAC